AUGCUGUCAACAUGGAAGAUCAUGACAUUGAGCAUUUCCAGCAACACUGGAGGAAAGGUGAGCCUGUGAUUGUUAGAAAUGUUCUUGACAGGACGUCUGGCCUCAGUUGGGAACCAAUGGUUAUGUGGAGAGCUCUUAGAGAAAAAGGUGCCAAGGGAAAGUUCAAAGAGGAGACAACAAGCGUAAAGGCCCUUGAUUGCUUGGAUUGGUGUGAGGUUGAGAUUAAUAUUCACCAAUUCUUCAAGGGAUACUUGGAGGGUCGUAUGCAUAAGAGUGGGUGGCCAGAGAUGUUGAAGCUGAAGGACUGGCCCCCCUCAGCUUUAUUUGAAGAGCGCUUACCCAGGCAUGGUGCCGAAUUUAUUGCAGCACUGCCCUAUAGUGACUAUACUGAUCCAAAAUCAGGUCUUCUGAACAUUGCUACAAAGCUUCAUCAUGAAAUGCUGAAACCUGACUUGGGACCCAAAACAUAUAUUGCAUAUGGAUUUUCUGAUGAACUUGGUAGAGUUUCUAGGAUGUUGAUUGGAUUCCUUGGGUUCUGUGGUCUUGUUGGGAAAGACUUUGAUCAAUGUGUUUUCUACGGAACUCUGUAG